GUCGCUGAACCCUUACUAGAGUAUAUUUACACAGGCCAACUGGAAGUCCAGGAAGCCAUUGCAACUGGUCUGAUUGUGCUGUCGCAACAACUCGAAAUGGCUCAGAUUGAAGCGUGGGUUGUGAGCUUUAUGGCUGCCAGGCUUAAUUCUGAUAACCUAAGCAAUAACUGGGGCCUUUCAGAGUUGAUGAAAAGCGAUCAGUUAAGAGAGGCCUGCCUGCAACACAUAAAGGCGACAUUUGAGGCCACCGUUGCGACUGAUUUCUUCGUGCAGUUGCAGCCCGAAACUGUGUUGUACUUGUUAAGGGCAGAUGAUCUCCAAGUGAGCAACGAGGAGAGCGUCCUGAAGGCGAUUGGACGAUGGCUCAAUCCACUCGAUGAAGUGGAUAAAACACGAUUGACGUAUGUACUGCUGCAUGCUUACGUCUACAUCUAUGCUAUUGGAGAAGACCCUUCUGUCGGCACCCGCACGAAAGUGGAUAAAUUUGAUACGCGCAAACGCCAAUGGAGCGAAUGUGCAGCCAUUUUAACUGAUCGAACACACUAUGCGGCAGUCGCCGUCCCGGUGGAUGAAGAAGGUGUGAUCUGCGUGUGCGGUGGAGAAAUAAAAGUUAACUUUCAAUCAGAGACCUCGGAAACCUGUGAGCUCUAUUUGCCUCAGGAGGACAGGUGA